CGGAGCGCCCCGGCCGGCGGCAGCACCGCAGCUUUGACUUUGGAUCGGCGGGGAGCUCGUCGUGUCCGCGGCAUCUCCGGGACCAGCUCGUUUUGCACUUCGUUCCACGCCGUUCGUUUUCUGCCCCCCUUUUUUUUCUUCCUUCCUUCUCCUGAGAGACAAAAUGUCCAAAAAUGGUUCAGCCUGCUUAGCCCGAUGAUUUCUCGCACGGACGCUCUAUUUUCUUUUUUCUUUUUUUUUUUUUUUUUUUUUUUUUAAUGAUUGUUUUUGGACGGGGCAGGAUUGAGUAGAAGAAAUCGUUCGGUGAAGGGGGCUCGGCGUUUUGCUCCCCAUUAAGGAGAAGAUCAAGAUCCGAUUCCCGGCUGCAGGCAGAGGCCGGGGGUGCCGUGGGUUUUCAUUCUGGCUUUCGGAGCCCUCGCUGCUGCAGGCUCGGGGCAGAACUGCCUUCUCCGAGCGCCUUUCCUGCCCUGCUUGGAGCUCAGAGAUCGCCUCCCCCCUCCUCGCACCGUUUCUGUUCGUGUUGGUUUUGUUUGGUCGGUUUAGCUUUAUUUUUUCCCUCCAUUUUUUUGUCUUUUUUUCCCCCCCUUUCGUUUAUUAUUAUUAUUAUUAAUUAUUUGAUUUGGGUAAACUGCCUUCCCAAAACGAAAACACUAACUCUGGAGUCGAAAUCCAUGCCCCCUGCCAUUCGGAAGAACCGGGUCUAAUAUGCCAGUGACAUCUCCGCUUUGCAGCAGUCGCGAUGAAGGAAAAAUCCAAGAACGCGGCAAAGACUAGACGGGAAAAAGAAAAUGGAGAAUUCUACGAGCUGGCCAAACUCCUGCCCCUGCCCUCGGCCAUCACCUCGCAGCUGGACAAGGCGUCCAUCAUCCGCCUCACCACCAGCUACCUGAAAAUGCGAGCCGUGUUCCCCGAAGGUCUGGGCGACGCCUGGGGGCAGCCGAGCAGGAUCGGCCCUCUGGAUAACGCGGCCAUGGAGCUCGGAUCCCACCUGCUCCAGACUUUGGAUGGUUUUGUUUUCGUCGUGGCAUCCGAUGGCAAAAUAAUGUACAUUUCUGAAACAGCGUCUGUGCACCUUGGCCUGUCCCAGGUGGAGCUCACUGGGAACAGCAUCUACGAGUACAUCCACCCCUCGGACCACGACGAGAUGACCGCCGUCCUCACGGCCCACCAGCCUCUGCACCCCCACCUCCUGCAAGAGUAUGAAAUCGAGAGAUCCUUCUUCCUGAGGAUGAAGUGUGUCCUGGCCAAGAGGAAUGCAGGCCUCACCUGCAGUGGCUACAAGGUAAUCCACUGCAGUGGCUACUUGAAGAUCCGCCAGUACAUGCUGGAUAUGUCCCUGUACGACUCCUGCUACCAAAUCGUGGGGCUGGUGGCCGUGGGGCAAUCCCUGCCUCCCAGUGCAAUCACCGAGAUCAAGCUCCACAGCAACAUGUUUAUGUUCAGAGCCAGCUUGGAUUUGAAACUGAUUUUCCUCGAUUCCAGGGUGACGGAACUAACUGGCUAUGAACCCCAGGAUCUGAUAGAGAAAACCCUCUACCACCACGUGCACGGCUGCGACGUUUUCCACCUGCGAUACGCUCACCACCUCUUGCUGGUGAAAGGCCAAGUGACCACCAAGUACUACCGGCUGCUGUCCAAGCAGGGAGGCUGGGUGUGGGUGCAGAGCUACGCCACCAUCGUGCACAACAGCCGUUCGUCACGGCCUCACUGCAUAGUGAGUGUCAAUUAUGUCCUUACAGAUAUUGAGUACAAGGAACUUCAGUUGUCACUGGACCAGGUUACCAUUUCCAAGUCACAGUUUUCAUGCAGAAACUCAGUACCUACCUCGCAGGAAACAAGGAAAAUAGUAAAACCCAAAAGUAAUAAAAUGAAGGCAAAACUCAGAACAACACCUUACCCACCACAGCAAUACAGCUCGUUCCAAGCAGACAAACUGGACUGCAGCCAGGUGGGCAGCUGGCGCUCCAGCCCCGCCGCCAGCGCCGCCGCCCUUCAGGAACAGAACUUCCAUUCAGAGAGCAGCGAGCUCCUGUACGCCCCUCCCUACAGCCUGCCCUUCUCCUACCACUAUGGACACUUCCCUGUGGAUUCCCACGUCUUCAGUGGCAAGAAGCAAAUGCUGCCUGCCAAAUUCGGGCAGGCCCAAGGGGCGCCCUGCGAGGUGGCGCGGUUCUUCCUGGGCGCGCUGCAGACCAACGGCGAGUGCCAGUGGCACUACGCCAACUCCCUGGUUCCCAGCAGCCAGUCACCCUCCAAAAGCCUUCCUGAGCAGCCAGUGAACAUCAUCAGGCACAACCUUGCACAGAGUUAUGAAGUGCCACUGCCCAACAGGAGGUACAGCCAGGACGCCCUGCCCGAGGCCUUCCCCAGCUGCGCGGCGCCCGUGCCGGGCCGCUACAAAGAGGAGCUCUACGACUCUUCCCUCAUGAAACACAGCAAGGCAGAGCCCAGGCUCCAGCCCCACGCCCAUCUCAUCAAAGAGGAGAGCAAGGUGGCUUUCACCAGAGACCUGCCGGAGAAAAUGCCCGCCAACGAGGGCUCCUUCUCCAGCCCCCUGCUGCCCAAAUCCGAGUGCUGCCAGGCCAAGGCCGUGGGACAGCUGAGCCACCUGCUGCCCGUGCCCUCGGUCUACGAGCAGAGCAGGAGGAUUUGCGUCAAAGAGCCCAAAUUUGGGCACAUCGGCCACCACCCAGGCAGCCUGGAGGAGCUGGACGAGAGGAUGAGCGCGAAGCUGGACCACGAGGCCGACGGCGAGCGGCUGAUGGAGGUGAGGCCCUCGGGCCAGGUCCCCUUCGUGCUCCUCAACUACCACCACGUGCUGGCCAAGCACGGCGCCUUCCAAACCUCGCCUUGCACGGCCACGGGACACGCGGGGGAGAAUUAUCCCUACAGCUCUGAGGAAGUCAACGCGUUCCUCUACAAAAACCAAAGCCCCUCGUCGGCUUCCUCCCCAGAAACCCACAAGGAAUCUGCACUACCCCACUACAUCGGGACUUCUGUCAUCAUCGCCAACGGCAGGUGACGGCAGCACGGGGCGGUUCUGUGUUUAAUGAAGAAGCCAAACUGUAAGGAUUUGCUAAAAAAAAAAGGAAAAAAAAAUAAAGCAUGAGGAAACACGGUGACAUUCACUGAGCAAAGCUGGAGGGCAGAGAGGGACAAAGUGGUGCAGUUCCAGUGGGCAGGAAAAUCCCUCUGUCCCUGCCGUGCUUCGGUGUCCCAGCCAGGGACAAGCCAAGUUCCAGAUCUUAUUUUGUUAUUUCAUAGUGUGCAGCAGAAGGAAACGAGAGGUGUUAUAUGCAGAGGUUUAUAUGAAGAACUUUUUUUUUUUUCCUUGACCCCUCCUUAAAAUAAACUCAAGUUUUGUUUUUUUUUUUUAAAUCAUUAUCAUAAAAUAUGCAUUCUAGUUUAGGGUUUUUUUGACAAAUUGUGUGAAACCUCGCAUCAACUCUCCACCCAACCCCCUGACACAUGGACUUCGUUGAGAGAGUGGUGAUUUUGAACAACCACAACACAGCUGCCCUACCCAAACAGGGAAAAAAAAAGCUUAUUUAUUAAUUACCAAAAAGUUUUAAAACUAAAUAAAUCAACCCUACAUUUGAUUUAUUUAACAGAGAUUUCAGUGUUCUGAGAUUGCUGCCACCACCAUUUAUCUUGACAAGGGACAAUAUGACAAAUUAAUAGGUACAAAGAUAGGUAUUACAGGGUUACAGGUCUUGUCAUGGCAAAUUGGGACAAAUUAUGGAGCAGGAACUAAUUCCCCACAAAUAAGAAAAGGAAACUCCUAAAUCCUGUGUUUCCCUGGGCAUUCUGGGGGAAGCCUGUGCAGAUUUUCAACCCAGCCAGUCACAAAUACAUCUUAAUAACAGCACCAGAAAUGUUUUCUUUAUAGUCAAGAGAAUAAUGAACAUUUCUGCCUUAUUUUGAACUUACCAGCAGAAUGGUGAGCUUUGAAAAUUCCAGCUCUUAACACGCUGAACUUCCUCCAGCACAAAUCCUGUUGUCAGCACAAAGGUAGGGCUGGAAUUCCCUGCCUGGAGCACUUCACAAAUCCCAAACAGCACAUUUGAAACACUCACAUUUGGCCCAGCCAGCCAGGAGGAGAUUUUCACCCCUUUAUUUUUAAUUCUUUGCAGAGGAUGGAUCUGUGGGAGUUUCACUGACAACAUUCAGCCCAGGGUGGUUUUCAGCCAUUUCCCCAAAUAUUGAGAGUGGAUAAAACAACAAAAGGCUCCCUAAACAAUAAAUGUGGCUCUAGAUCUCACUCAGCUCCCUUUCUUACCCCAAUCCAAGCUUAAUUCAGAAUUUUUCAAACUUUCUCUCAUCAGACUCUAAAGAGAACUUCACUGAAAGACCUUGAGAACCCUGGGAUGGUGGAAGGUUCCCUGGAUGAGCUUUAAGCUUCCUUCCAACCCAAACCAUUCCAUAAUUCUUUGAAGAAAAUUCUUCUCUGGUUUGUGUAAUAUGGAACAAAACCCUUGCUCAUGGAUUGCACCUUGUUAGAAAAACCAUAAUGCAAUAUCAGCCCUAAAAAUUCCACAUUCUCCAUGUUUUCUAUGCAGCAAUAAUUCAUCCCAGAAUGGUCUGGGUUGGGAGGGACCUCAAAGCUCAUCCAGCAGUUCCAAGCCCCUGAAAUGAGCAGGGAAUUUUCCAUUAGAAUACAGAAAUAAAAAGUUAUUUCCUUCUGUGUAUGAA